CCUUCCCACAGUGAAAGCAAAAGCGAAGCCACACCUUCCAGUGCGUGGACGUGUGAGAGAGAGAGAGAGAGCUGUACCAACAGUGAAACCCUAGGGAGGAGUGUAUACGGACCUUCUCUGGUCUCAUGAAGGGUUACAGAGACAAUGGUGGUGGCGGUGGUGGUGGUUUCGGAGCGCGGAAUAAGACGGUCUAUGAUGAUGUAUUUGGUGGCCCACCCAAGUUUGGAGCUACGACUCUUCCUCCUCGCCUUGAGGACUACACUGAGAUUUUUCAGGGCUUUCACGCUUCCCGAGGCUCUUCAAUUCCUGUUCUAGAUCUUCCGCCGCCCUCCGAAGAGUGUGACGACGUUUGGUUUGAUGUACAGAGCUCCAAGCUUGAUUACUCUGAAGUUUUCGGAGGUUUUAACGGCCUUGAUUUUGCGGUUUCAUAUGAAGAAUUGUUUAAUAGCUCGAAAGUUGGAGAUGAUGAUUCCUCGGAUGAUGUUUGGACUCCGGUUCAAAGUGAAUCACCGUCGGAUGAAUCAGAUCCUUAUGCCUCUCUGGAGACGAAUCAGCACGUGCCCAAUGCAGAUGCCAGCCAAUUGUUUAGUGUGAAAUUGCAUAAUGAGCCUAAUAUGGAAGCAGAGAAAGACAUGGAAAAUGAUUCUCAGUUUCUUGAUCUCCCUGGGUCUACUGUAUUAGAUAACCAGGCACUCCCAAGUAACAUGGAAAAUGAGAAAUCGUUUUCACUGGCUAACAACGAUCGUUGUGCAAGUAAGGAUUUUGGUGGAGUUGCUGAAGGGAAACGGCUUAAGAAAUCUCUUUCACAACCGCUAGAUAGUGUUUGUGGCACAGAAAGAUAUGGAUGUGAUGUAAGUAAUCUUGUAGGAGAUCAGAAGGCUUAUCCUGUAGGGACUAGACCAGUUCUUUCUGUGUCUGGUGUCAGCCUUAAAACUCAGCCUUCCCACUUACCACCACCCUCGAGGCCACCACCUGCUUUAACGUCAAAGAAGGGAGAUACUGGCAGUUCCAAUUUGAAACUCAAAACGUCUAAGAGCUAUGCGUUUGAACGGAUGACAGGUGACCAGUCACCACCUUACUUUGACGUUGAGAUAGAUGCAAGUUCAUCUGCUGCUGCAGAUGCUGCGGCUAUGAAAGAUGCAGUGGAACAAGCUCAAGCUAAGCUAAGAAGUGCAAAAGAAUUGAUGGACAGAAAGAAAGAGGGUCUUCAAGGUCGUUCAAGGCUGCGGAUGGAGAAUAAUGUAGGAGAUAAAAAGGGAAGGGUAAAUGAGGAUUAUGAGAGGGCCAAUAGUUUUGGAGGCAAGAGAAUGAACGGAUCAAUUGAAAGAGAUAGUACUAGAACAAGACUUGAUGUAAGAGAGGAAAGCCAAAACAUAAAAAUAAUCAAGGAUGUGAAAGGUUCUGUAGAUGGGGAAAGGAAUAAAACUGAAGGUGGAAAACCCAUUGAGAGAAAGACCGAAAAGGAACACAAGAUGCAUCUAGUAUUGGAUGAGACUAAAGGAACUGUUGCAUCAAGAGAGGUAACACAACCUUUUGAAAAUGUUGUGAGGAGGCAGGUUAAGGAUGCAGGGAUUUUGGAGCCAGAUGCCAGGUCCAGGGGGUUCAAACAGAAUAACAAGGUCGUCCUUGAAUCUUUUCACCAGACGGAAGAUGGUAAGAAUCAACAAGAAAGAGAGCCUUUGGUGGAGAACGACAAGACAAAAGAAACACUUGAUAGCUCUCACAGGGAAGAAGAGCACCUAAAGGAACCUACUAUAGCUCAGAAAACCUGCCAACCAAGAGAGAUGGAAAAAAAGUUUUUUGUUAGCCAGCAGCAUGGAGAAAUUAAGGCACUAAGUGAUGCUGAUGACAGUGAAUUGUAUGAGAACCUAAUAGAAAUUCAGCUAAAAGAUAAUGAUAUGGAAACUGGGAUAAAACUAGUAGGAGCUAACGAGAAAGUAGUUAUUGAGAAUCUACUUAAAAAUGAUAACGAGAGGAAAGCACUUGGCAUGGGAUCAGAUCCUUAUGACUGGGAAGAUUUGGAUGUUGGAUUUCACGAUACUACUGAGAAAGAACAUGAGAGGGGUCUAAAGGAGACCGAAGUGCAGGAUGAAAAAGAGGCUCAGCAACUGGUCCCUCCUGAAAUAGCAAUAAUUCAGAGUAAAGAAGAGGAUCAUGAAGAAGGCACCGAGAGAAUAGUUAAAGAUCCUUUCUGUUGGGAAGAUGAUGAGAAGAUGCCAGUAAAUGCUUCUGAGCAGUGGUCAGAAGAGAGCGAUAAGAUAUCAGAAACCGUUUCUGAGCAGGAGCAGUACAAAAAGGAGCAAACACCGGAUCACAUUGAGGAAAUAUUGCAGGAAGAUUUUAUGCAGAACGAAGAUAAGAUAAAAGCAGAAGAGGCUAUUGAGCAGGACGAAAAGGUAAAAGAGAAGGAAAAAGCUUGUGCAAAAGAUGAUAAUGUGCAGACACUAAAUCAUGCUGCCGCAAAUGAAAAUACUGACACAAGCCAUGGAAUUGAUUGCAAUUCAGUAGGAAAUAGAAUAUUACUGAACGACAAUGAAAGAGAAGAAAGUAAGGCAGGGAAGGAAGCUGUUUCCGAAAAUGAUGGUAUUGAGAAGGAACAGGAGGGUAUCAAGUGGGAUGACGAUAAUAAGAGGCUAAGCUCGAAUGAAGAAAAUGAAUCAACCACAGGGGAGAAUUCAGAGGCAUCAGAUGUGGUAUACCAAGCGGAUGAUAAUGAGAUCUUAGAAGCUACUGAAGAUGUUCAACAGGAUAUUCCUAGUGAAAGAAAUGAAGUUACCCCGGAAACCCUUUUCACUGUGAAGAAUGGGAAGCCAAGGAGCAAUGGACACAAUGAGAAGGUAGAAGGAACUGUUGAUCAAAUACAUGAGGUGGGUGAAGACUCGUUUUCCUCAUCUGGCUUAAACCAAAGCGACAUGCAAGGUGUAAAGGUUGAAGUAAGAGUAGCAGGUGUUCCAAGCUCAAUUUCUUCGAUAGAAAGUGCAGGAAAAAUAUAUGGCGUCAAUGUCGUUGGACAAACACCAAUGGGGAAUGAUAAGAGAACUUUCGAAUCGAAGAAUUCCAUUAAUUUCACUCAUAAUCAUGAAGGCAAAAGGACGAAUGUUCACCCUGAUGGAAGAACAAAUACAACUACCUACCCUCAAGUUGCCAAGGAGUGGGUCGAAGCUGAAACUAAGCCUCUAUCUGAUCAAGUUGACUCUUUAAGAAAUACAAACAAUGCUGCUUCAAAGGUUGCAGGCAGAAGCAUGGAACGGAAGGACGAGAUUCGUAACAAGGCCGUUUCAGAGGACAGGGAAAAGGAGGAAAAGUUGCAGAGAGAAAGAGAGCUAGAAAAUGAGCGCCUUAGGAAAAUAGAAGAAGAGAGAGAGAGACAAAUAGAAAGAGAGAAAGAUCGGAUGGCCGUUGAUAGAGCUACCCUUGAAGCUCGUGAAAGGGCAUUUGCUGAAACCAGGGAGAGAGCUGAAAGAGCUGCUGUGGAUAGAGCAACUGCAGAGUUCCGGCAACGAGCCCUGGCAGAGGCUCGAGAAAGAUUAGAAAAAGCAUGUGCCGAGGCUAGGGAAAGGUCGCUAGCUGAAAAGGCAAUGGAGGGGAGGCUUAGAGUCGAAAAAGCAACCGCAGAGGCACGAGAAAGAGCAGAAAGAUCAGUUGGUGAUAAAUUUUCUGCUUCUAAAAGUAGCACAAUGAGACAAAAUUCUUUAUCCUCUGAUCUGCCGGAGUCGCAAUUUCAGAAAGCUGGGUCUUACAGUGGAUUAAAAUAUUCUCAGACUGCAGCACAAAACGGAGAUGAAGGUGAAUCACCACAGCGGUGUAAAGCUCGUUUGGAGAGGCAUCAGAGAACAGCUGACCGUGCAGCAAAAGCUCUGGCGGAGAAGAAUAUGAGGGAUCUUGUUGCUCAAAAAGAACAAGCAGAGAGAAACAGAUUGGCCGAAGGUCUUGAUGCUGAAGUAAAAAGAUGGUGUAGCGGGAAACAGGGCAAUCUGCGUGCAUUGCUUUCAACAUUACAAUAUAUUCUUGGGUCGGAAAGUGGUUGGCAGCCAGUUCCAUUAACCGAAGUUAUUACUACUGCUGCUGUAAAAAGGGCUUACAGAAAAGCCACUCUUUGCGUCCAUCCUGACAAACUGCAACAGCGUGGUGCAACAAUUCAGCAAAAGUAUAUUUGUGAAAAGGUUUUUGAUCUUCUCAAGGAAGCAUGGAACAAAUUCAACUCGGAAGAGCGGUAGUGGUCGCGGUGGCGGUGACGAUUGUUGUUUGAAUUUAUUCCAUGUGAUUCAUGGGGGUGAAGCAAGUAAAAAUCCUUUGAUUCCUCUUUCAAAUACUUUGUUUUUGUUGUAAAGUUUUUCAAAACAGAGAGAGAGGGAGGAUGCCAAUCCAUCAUCUCCUAUCAAAAAUCACAACUCAUUUCAUCAACCCCUGGAAAAUGGGUAUCUGAAUGAAAUUCAUAAAACUAUAUGUGCUUCCAAUAUAUCUUAUAGAG